AUGUUUAUAUUCGGAAAGAUGAGGAAUUCUGGGGUAAACAUACCCUAUUACCACAGCCUCCGCAAUUGGCAAUACCAGUCUGCAGGUCGGUACAGUUUCCAGCACAGUCAGUCAGUAAAGUUGGGCAAGCGGUUGCGGAGGUUGUGACGCUAGUCACCGAAGAUUCGAAGGUGGUGGUAGUUCCAGUUGAUGCUAGCGUAGCUCUUAUGUUAGCUGUGCUCUUAUUCUAGAAAUGGCUCGUCUCUCUACCUACCCGCUGUACUCAAGGCGUCGCCCGCGUCUUGAUCUUGGACAAAUGUAAAAGGAAGUAAAGAACUCAUCGAUAACGAUGUCGAAGUUUCGGAUGAGGAAGAAGAUGACGCAGAUGAGGAUAUUGUGGAUGACGUUGGCGAUAGGGAUGAGGAUGAAGAUGAAGAUGAAGAUGAAGACGAUGUUGAUGUCUCCGAAACGGAUGAUGAUCUGAUGAUUGUAGCGGCAAUCGCGGAGGAAAUUUCAGUAUCAGAUAAGCUCGUUGAUGAAGAAGAUGAAAAAGGUGUAGGUGAGUUACUAGAUGCCUCGGAGGAUGAUAUUUCAGAAGAGGAUACUGGCGUGGAUGAGCUGCCAGAUGAUGUAGGGGAGGUUGCUGGAUCAGAUGAGCUGCUCGUUGACAAAACUUCAGAAGUAGAUGAUGAUGAAGAUGGCAAAUCAGAAGAUGUACUCUCUGAAGAAGACGCGGCCGUACUUGUGAGCGGAAAGCAUGUGGUUGUGGUGAUACAAUAGCUUUCUAUGGAUGAUGAACUGGCUGACGACGAACUUGCCGACGAUGAGCUUGGUGUCGGUAAACUUGAUGGAGAUGAACUUGUCGAUGAGGAACUUGUUGUAGUCGAAUUUGUGGAUGAAGAUUCAAAAGAGGUGGCUACUGAAGAAAUCGUGCUGGAUGAUGCUUGA